AUUAGUAGCCUGCUCGGGCGCCGCUGGAACUUUAGGCAUUGCCAACGAUUUUUGUAGAAGUCGAGCAGGCUGUAGAAAGACUUAUCGGUGGCCGAGCAGUGCACUGUCGACUAUCAAUCGGUCGCCGGUGGACUCAAGGCCAAAUCUUGGUCAAAUCGGUGAAAAUUGUCUGUUUGGCGUCCAAGCAGUGAUGGCUGACGACCCAACGAUUCCCGGGCGGUCUCCCACCGGCCUUUUUUUUAAGGAAUCGCCCAGCGUUUGUCCGGUGAUCAGUGGAGCCACUCUAUAGGUCUCCCGUAGGCUUUCGAGCGGCAACCAUCCGGGUUCCACUAUUAUGGCUAUUUUUUAACGAACUACCCGGAAAUAAAUUAGGAUGCUUCCGAUCUUGAAUUGGCCGUGAGAUCAUCGACCGAUAAAUGCUCGACAGCCUUUGAUCCAACGAGUUCAACUUUUGACCUAAAUCGUUUGACGGUACACAUGGCUCAACCGGUGAACGCACUUCCGGGUUCCUCAACCUCAGCAUUUCAUCCGUACCAAGGUAAUAUCCCCCAAAGUCCCACUCCAAUCAGCCAUGGCUAUUCAGGAAACUAUAACCGGUACUCCGGAAGAGCAACAGGGUGGAUUCAGCUUUGUUGUGGUGUGGGCGCGAUCUUUAUAGGGGUUGCGCAGUUCUUACUCGGUAGCUCGUCUCUCCGUUUCUUUUCAUUCGGGAUAUGGAUGGGACUUUGUUUCUUUGGGCCGACUGGAAUAAUAGGAAUUGCAAGUUUCCGGGGAAGAACCUGUGUGAUAACUGCUUACCUUGUAAUGUCUAUAAUAUGCAUCAUCCUUGCCAUGGCCAUGAUGAUUUCUGGGACCGUAGUCGCUUCAUUUGGAUUACAGUGGUGCUACAUUCAGGAUACAGUAGUACCCUGUCAGAAAGGAUUAGCGGAAAGUCGAACCGCAUCGGAUGGAAUCUUGGGUCUAAUCGGGUUUAUUGAGAUGAUGGUUGCUAUCAUUGCUUCAGUCUAUUGUUGUGCUUCGAUUUGUUGUGGUAAACAAUCUGGAAGUCAAGAAUUCAUGUUGGCUGACCAACAUCCUAACGUCACCCUACAGCAUCAAGGAGGUUUGCCAUAUUAUCCUGGAAACGUACUGCAGAAUCCAUACACCCAACUGCAACUCGGACAGAUGCAUCCGCAACAGCAGACUCCGACACACCAACAGGCUUUCCAAACACAGCAGUCACUAGCCCCUCAACAGGCGUUUCUCCAACAACAGACACGAGCUCCACAUCAGGUAUUCCCACACCAACAUGCUUAUCAACAGCAGCAGACUCUGCAACCACAAAUGACAUUCACACCUCAGUUGUUAAAUCCACCUCAGACAUCCAUACAACAGGCUUAUCCAUCUAUUCGGACUCACCAACCACAGCAGAUGUAUCGACAACAGUACACCCAGGCAGCGCAACAGACACAGCAAACAUUUACACCUCACCAGGUAUUCCUUCAUCAACAAUGAAUAAGACAGCAUAAAGAUCGAAUGUUAACGUUUCAAACAUCAACUCCUUUUAAAAGACAUCGCGAGUCUCUUUUUGUCAUAUAUAAACAUUUCCUCUCUAGAAGGCACUAGCUACACUCUCCCCUCUAGAUAAGCAGCCAACAGUUUUUGGACCACCCUUUUCUUCAGGUCACUUUGGUCUAGCGGUUAGAGCAUUGGACUCAUGCUCGUCAUGAAAUGAGUUCGGAUCCCCGAUCUGCCAUCUUCUCCAAAUUGAUAAAAACGACUCUAGAGUAAUUUCUGUCGGUCAGCCGCUAUGCCUGAUUAACUUAGACGUAACAUAUUUCCAACGUAAUUAAUCAUAUACCAACUUGGCGAUUACCAGCAAAAAAAAAAGCUUUCCUUUCUACUCCUUACGGGAGUUACCCGAACAGAAACAAAAACUCCCCCCCCCAUACAUUUGCAGCGUGUCUCGCCUUUUCGUCAUACUGUGUAACGCAAUCAGAAAACACUUUCACACUGUUGAAUUUGAGCAUUCAAACAGUGUGAAUGAAUUACAUUUUCAUAAAGUUCACUAUGUGAACACACUGCAAUCAGUGACACGAAAUUCUUUGCAGUUCAUUGGUAUUCAUCAAAGUUAUUGUCGGUUUUUGUUUCUGAGCUUUAAUUCCAGAUCUGCCAAGCACUUUGCCACCCUCUCAAGUAUUGGUUACCAUGGUUACGGGAUAUCUACAUGCACGUUGUAAAACACUGGUGAAUAAUUCAUUUCGGGUUUAUGUAUCUUCUUCUGAAGUAAUAUCCAUACUGUUUUUUGAGAUGGUGAAUACACUACUGUUUUGUUUGCAUUCUUUAAACCAGCGCUUCUCAAACUCAGGUUUUUUUCGAGGCCCACCUACCAAAAUUUUAAGAAAGCGAUAUGACUACUUUUCUCGACUCAAAGAUAAACAAUUAUUAUAAUGAGCAUAUAAGUGCGUAUGAAUUUCAGUAGCCCGGCCUUUGAGCCCCUCCUCUAAACAUAUAAAACCAUUACAACAUAAUAAGAAUGCUGAAUACCUUCAACACCAUAGCGACACACAUAAGCACUGCCAGGCAUGAUGAAUCCAAAUUCAAUGUAUUCAGGGUCAUAUUUUCUUACAAUUACAUUCAGCGAUUUUUUCAAUUUGUAUCCUCCCUCGCAAGUUCUAAAUCGUUUUAAAAGGGUCCUUUUUGAUGAAAAUAUGUUUUCGUGAAUUUUGAACACAGAGCCCUGAAGCACGUUCGAAACGAGCAGUUCAAGAACUAACUGCAUUCGCAAAGGUCCGGUAAAUGGAAGACAAUUAACUAAAUUCUAUACAAUAUGCAUACAUGAUGAGGUUCACAUCAAAGUUAGAUCGAAACCAUCAUAAUGUGUAUGCAUAUUGCAAUAUGCAUAAAGCAUGCUUUAGCUUUGUUUGACCCACGUAGACCAAUCAAACAUAACAUAUUCGGGCUGUCGGACAGGUCCAGGUCUGUGAAACAUACUAUAGCCCCCCCCCCCAUUUUUUGUUCUUACUCUGCAGAAACAGAAAUUUAUACGCAUGACAAGACAUCAAUAACCAAGCACUAUUACGCUGAAAUAUUUGCCCAGAUAAUAUCAAUUUACCUUUAAUUAGUGGAAAAAGUAAGAAUUUGACCUUCAAUGAAACCAGAGUUUAACACUUUUCUGAUCGUUUGCGGCAAAUGAUAAUUUCAGAUGUGGUCGAUGGAAUAUUGCUAUUCAUUAUUGUAUAUGCCAGAUGAGUGCCUGCACAUUCCCAAUGGAGCAAAUUUGAGUCAUAUUUCAGGACAUAUUGCAUAAAUUAUUUUCGCAUGACUCCGAAUUAUGUACUACACAUAUAGCCAGACCAUAUUCGGCGAAAAAGUAAUUAUCAUCACAAUAGCACAUUUCCCUUUAUAUAUGACCUAUAUUUGCUGAGUCAUGCAGGAAUCAUUUGUCUACACAAUUGUACGAGAUGUUGAGCAAAGUGCAUGGUAAAUUGCCAAUUCGUCUAUUGUCAACUCGUCUACUGAUCAUACGGUCUAGCUUCAUUUAGUAUAAUGCUAUUCAGUCCAUCAACAUUUCAUUUAGCAACCAUUUGGUCCAAUCAUCUCUUUGCCUAAUCCCCAAUUCGUCUAUAACAAUUUCGCUGCAUAACCAGUAGGUCUAAUAUUCAUUUUAUUUUCAUUCAUUUCGCCCAAUAUAAGGACUAAAUGGCUAUUGGACCAACUGGUUAUUUGACGGAGUGGUGACUGGAUGAAAUGGCAAUCAGACAACUUGGAUAGUGGAAGAACUGAUGAUAGACCAAACGAUAAUAGACGAGCUGGUAAUUAGACGAACAGGCAUGAGACCAAUUGAAAAUAAACCAUUGUCAUGCAGGACGGAUGCACACAUUGUCCUAUUUUCCUAUUUUUUAUGCCGAAUGUGCUUGUCUGAAUUGUCUGAAUCUUUCUGAUAGAUCCCGAUAAGUAUUUUUAAAAAUAAUAGUUCAUUAGACUUCUCCAAUAUGACGUAUGGUGUACCGCAAGGUUUUAUUCUUGGCCCGCUAUUGUUCUUAAUCUAUAUUAACGAUGAUACCACUUUGAUAUACAACCAACCUUCCAAAAUGAUAUCAAUAUCGAAUUAAAUAAAGCAACGAAAUGGUUCAAAGCAAACAUGUUAUUAAUUAAAGUCCUAAUAAAACAAAUAAUAUUCCCUUUUUUCCAUGGGCAGUCUUAUAUUUCUAAUUUAUUACUCCAAAUUGACAAAAAAUUCCAAUUAAUAAAGUAAAUAAUGUUUUUUGGUGUAUGAAUAUGCAAUGGGACACCCAUGUACAAAAAGUUACUCAAAAAAUAUCUACAUGUUUUGGUAUCCUGUACAAAUUAAAAAUUCCCUUCCGUCUUCUGCACUAGUAUUGAUAUUCAAUUCUUUCAUGCUCUCAUAUCUUAAGUAUUGUGUUGCCGUUUGGGGAAAUUGUAAUCGCAUGUAAUUAGACAAAUUAUUUAAAUUGCAGAAAAGGCCUGUCGUAUUUGCAUGGGAUGCCAUUAUCAUGCUCACUCUGCCCCGCUGUUUAGAAAACUUUGGUCUCUUAAUAUUUUCGAUUUGUACUAUUCCUCUAUUGCUCUGUUUGGUUUUCUUUAUUUUUAGAAUAAAUUACAUCGUAAUGUGCAUGAAGUGUUACUCUCAAUCACCAAAAUCCACCAUCACAAUACGUGUUUUAAAGAUUUGUUUCACUUAUCGCUGUUAAAACUAAUAAUGUAAUGAAAUCCGUACGACACACUUUCCCUGUAAUCUGGAACUAGACCCCUAAAGAUAUGAUUGAAUGUAAGUCAGUUUACUCCUUCAAAAGAUGUUGAAGCAGUUUUUUAUCUGAAGUAUGUGUGGUCAUUUAUUCUAAAUUGUAAUUUCUUGUUCUUUUGUCUCUGUUGAUACACUUUGUUUAUAUGUAUUUUAUCUUGUCAUUUCUUUACAAUAUAUACAUAAGGUUUUUGGAACUACGCAUGUACAAGGCCUCUUGGCUUUUUUUGCCAGUUCUUCAUUUCAUUUUCAUUUUUUUUUUUUUACUUAAGCUUGUUAAUAAUUUUGUAAAUUCUGUAUUGUGCAUAUUUUGAACCGAAAAUUAAAUAAAUGCGAAGUGAAUUGAAUUGGAUUUGAGCAAAAUGCGGGGCCAAAUGUGGAUAAAGAUAUGCAGGUUUGACAUUAUUGAUAUUCAAUUGGGAGGGAGAGGAGGGUUAAUGUUUCCCGUAAUAGAAAUCUGUUGUGUGCACACUAAGAAAUCCCUGUGCAAAUGGGGUGUACGAUACGAUACGUGCGUACACCUCGCAAUCCCAUCGAGGUGCAAGUUAGCUCUUCUGCGAGAGUACGUGUCUGUUGUACACCCAUUAACUCUUUGCGUGCACCCCACCAGCCUCGCUGAUAGACGUAUGGUACAGAUAUAAAGUUGAUUUGUGAUCGAAAAAUACCCGAAAUAACAAUGCACUAUCGCCACACUUAACCGAAGUGAAAUCAUUUUAAAAUAUUUAAUAUUAAUGAGAUGA